UAUCCUACAGGACUACCUAUUCUCGGCAACCUAUUUGAAUUUCCCUCGUCUCAGUGGUGGUUGAAAUUUUCGCAGUGGGCUGAUAGAUAUGGUGCUUUGGUCCAUCUUCGCGUUCUUGGGCGUCACAUACUGGUCGUCAAUGACCAUGUCAUCGCUCAAGAUCUGUUGGACUCAUCAAUUCACGCAGAUAGACCACGUUUCACAAUGGCUGGAGAGCUCAUGGGAUUCGAUCCCUCCAUUGCCUUCAUUGGCUAUGGAGAGCGAUGGAGAACAUAUCGUCGAAUCGGCCACCCUGUGAUGUCAAAACACGCUGUAACGAAAUACUUUACGAUGCAGGAGGAGGAAGCAAUCCGUCUCCUUCGAGCUCUAUUCACGUCCCCUGAAAGGUACCGGAGAGAGGUUCGUUUCAGUGUAGGCAGAACAAUCAUGCAUGCCAUGUAUGGUAUUGAAUGUGAGUCGCCGGAGGACACAUAUAUUGUUGUCGCUGAAGCAACCCUCGAGAACAUUACCCAUGCGGUUGUUCCGGGCUCCUUCAUGGUCGAUGUCAUUCCCUACAUGAAGUACUUACCAUAUAUGGGACUUCGCUUCCAAAAGAAGGCUAUGGAGGCUCAGAGGCAAAUGAAGCUCAUGGUUGAUAGACCUUAUCGCCAAGUUUUGAGGGAACGGACUGCAGGAGCUGCAAAGCACUCAUUCGUCUCUGCGCUGCUGGAUAGCGAAAUCAAAUUACCAGAUUCAGCUGUUGGUGAAGAGGACGACGUGGUCUCUUGGGCGGCAGCCACUAUGUAUGGAGGUACGUAUACACGUCAUAUGUCUGAGGGUAAAACUCACCAGACCACGCAGGCGACAUUACUCAACUUUAUACUAGCCAUGACGCUGAAUAGGCAUGUUCUAAGAAAAGCGCAAGAAGAAGUGGAUACAGUGGUCGGGAGGCACAGGGCUCCCAGCUUUUUGGACAAGGAUAGUCUACCAUAUAUCAACGCCUUGAUCAAGGAGGUGAUUCGGUGGCGAGUACCGUUGCCUUUAGGCGUACCACAUCGCUGCAGACAGGACACCCAGUAUAACGGCUUUCUCAUACGUGAAGGAACGAUCAUCAUACCCAAUCUAUGGACCAUCAGCCACGACAAAAAUCUCUACGAUAGUCCAAAUGCAUUUCUCCCUGAAAGGUUUAUCGGGAAGGACUCACUGGAUCCUGAUUAUGCCUUUGGAUUUGGUCCACGAACAUGCAUUGGUAAAAACUUCGCCGAAAGCCAACUGUUCAUUUUUAGCGCAUGUAUAAUCUGGGCAUUUGACAUCUCUAAGGAUGUUAACGAAUUCGGAGACGAAAUCGAUCCUCAAAUUGGGUAUACCACUGGGUUCGUUAGGUGUGUAAUCAAUUUCCCCCGAAACGGAGUAUGA